AUGGCAUGCUCAAAAAUAUUUUCAGGAAAUUUACCUGAAUUAUUAUAUGAAAUUAUACAAAAUUUUAGAAAAGAUUUGUCAACAUUGUACUCAUGUAUAUUAGUUAAUAGAUUAUGGUGUCGUUUAGCAAUUCCAUUAUUAUGGGAAGAUCCAUUUUCAGUUCCUGCUCAUCAUUAUCGUUGUAUUGCUACUUAUUUAUGCUUUUUAAAUGAAGAUAACAAAGCAAAGCUUAUUGAAUAUGGAAUUAGUAAUAAUGUAUUAUCUUCAAAUACAUUAUUCAAUUAUCCCAGUUUCAUUAAAAACUUAGAUACGAAUAAAAUUCGUCGUUCUAUUAUUUAUUGGAUGAGAGCUUUAUUGGAUAUAACCGAUGAUAUGAUAGGAUACUUAGUUUAUAGGUCAUUAUUUGAAGUGUUCAUUGAAAAUGAAGGAAAUUUACAUACUUUUGAAAUUGUAAUAUCUAAGGGUAAAAAUUGUAAAAAUUUCAAUGAUAAUAUAGAUUUAAUUUUACAAAAUCCAAAUCUUACAUGCAAUAUCAGAAAUUUAGUAAUAUUCUGUGAUGCUUUUUUAUCUCAAAAUAUUAUUUCACUUUUGGAAUUUUUAUAUUCUAAUUGCAAUUCAAUCUCAUCAAUGUUUUUUAAUUUUACUAAAUGUAGUAUCAAUGAUAUUACAUUAUUUAAAAACUAUAUAUUACAAAUAAUUAUUUCACAACAUAAUCUCAAACAAAUUUCAUUUGAAUUAGAUCCUAUUUUAUAUAAAACAUUUUUAUCAUUAAAAAAUUAUAAUUGUUCAAAUACUUUAAAUACAAUUAUAUUUUGUUACAUUGAUUUUACAAAUAUACUUGGUGUCUUACAAGAGGUUUUUAAUCAAUUGAAUGUUUUAGAAUCCAUUCAUAUUUGUUAUUGUCGAUCUUUAAAUUUUGAUUUUGUUCAACAAAUUAUUAAGGUUAUUAAACCUCUUAAAUUGAAAUCUUUGUUUUUGGAUGAAAUAUUACAUAUUCAGUCAUUAUUAUUAUUAUUACAAAAAUUUUGUGAAUGUUUAGAAAAUUUUGGAUUUGGAUUUACUUAUGGUAAAUAUGAUAAACAAAAACAACAAUUAUUUGAAUUUAUUAUGAGAUAUUGUAAAAAUAUUAAAUAUUUUGAUUUUGGUUUUCCUAAUUAUAAAGAUAUUUAUCUAUUCAUUAAAAAUAAUCAAAAUACUAUUAAUUAUAUCACAAUUGAAGUAAAUUUAUACGAAGAUACUAUUUAUAAAGGAUUAAGUUUAACUGUAUUACAGAAUUUAGGACAGGUUCUUCCUUCUAAAUUAGAAUAUUUAUGUUUAUCUCUUCCAUUUAUUAUAAGUGAUCUGGAAAUAUUUUUAAAAAAUUCACAAAAUACUUUUAUUAAGAAAUUAUUAAUUAAAAAUAUGGGAGUGUAUAAUGAUAAAAAGCUUUUUAUAAAUUGUAUGAAGGAAUAUAUUAUGAAGCCGAAAAGGGUUAAAUAUUUAGCUAUUUUUGAUGGGCUUGAUUUGUUUUGGUUUAAAACUGUAGUAAAUGAAUUUAAAUUACAUAAUAUUAUAGUUCAUGAAUACUGUGAUUUAUAUAUUACUGUGUAUGAUUUUGUUUAA